AUGGGGAAGAAACGCAAAAGGCCCGUCAAGGAUAACCCAACACCGCGGGAGAAACCGUCACUAUCACAACCUGCUGGGAACACAGCACGCCCUUCUAUUACCGACAGCAACCAAGUCGGAGAUGCAGUCGAGACAUGCCAUCCGGUAAUAUCCCUGUACUACCGUCAGGUGGUGACACUGCGCCAAUAUAUCCUGCAGCGCAUACCCCGAUCCUCCAAGGCGCGUCGCCGGAGAAUUGCUGCAGUGGGGGGCGAGAUUGCACACAACGACGCGGAUGCUGCGCCUAAGACGCAAGAAAAAGCUCUAGCCGACCUUCUGGAUACUACGCUGGUUGGAAUAUCAAAAGAGCUACCCCCUACUGAUAGUAAAAGCCUUCAAGAGGACUUCAAAAGAUUCACGCAAUUGGUCACUCAAGCCGGCACUGAUAGUGGGCCUGAGAGCUUACAGUCUGAUGUCGUGGACUUCGUGAUUUCACACAUCUUCGAGAAACAUUUUCACGGGAAGCUGGAACAUGUCCUGAGCCAUGGAUAUCGGCAAGGGAGCGGCAGGCUGCGAUGCAAUGUUCACAAUGCCGGGGCGUGGUAUCCAAAUAGGAACGUCGAGAGGCUCAAGCAGUCGCCAUGGACGGAAGUUCUCGCCCUGCUAGGGGGCAAUGGCGACGAAAUCAUGAUAAGGCUCCUACUUGACUGUGGACUCUUUGCGGCCGUAGACGCAAAGAAGGGGAUUUACUACCAGCUAAGUGGACUUGCGUUAUCGAGCCUAAAACCCAUCCCAACUUCACCGGAGGGAUGCUCUGUUUCGAGGGACGGCAGCAACCUACCUGCUAAGAGUGCGCCGGAACAGGUUUCUGAAACUCGGGCACACAGGAAGGAAUCAAAAGACAGCCAGUAUCGAUUGAGUCCCAACGCGGCUGUCUUCUGCCGUCAACGUAUGCUAUACGGUCGCCCUCAUUUGAACCCAAAAGGGAGGAUAGUUUUCGGGUUACCGAAUCAUGUCCUCAGUCGCUUUCCUUCAUCCGAUUCUUUGCAAAUGACAGUGCAUGUGAUGAAGUAUAUCUUCCCUCAGCAGUUCGGUCUCCACAAUGUUUUCACAGUCCAGCCAAGUUAUCGUGAGCACCCUUUGUCCAAAAACUACUCUUCACGGGAAGAGGAAAUUGCCGCAAAAGAGAAGCUAGAGCGGACUCGAGACCAACGUGCGCCUAAACUUGAAGCUGCUGCUGGAGAGCCCCAGGAAUCAAUUAAGAUACCUAAAAGACUUCGAGGCAAGGCUCUGGAAUUAGUCCGUCAGCUUCAAAACAAACACAGACGAUGUUGCUAUAGGGAGCUUCUACGGUACUACUGCUCAGAAGAGCUUUCGGAUCCUUGGGCUCUAGGACCACUCAGUGUUGAGUCUGAGGUAUCAGCUGGUGUAAUUCCAUGUUCGGCCUCUGGGCCAUUGAUAACCCAGCCAUCGCUCAUACGCAAGGACGUUCGACGCGUGCCGAGGCCGGGCAAUUCGGCCCCAAUCUCGUAUACGAGUAAGAGAUCAGGUGCUACCAAGCCCAAGGUUAACCUGACCGACCACGCCACCCCUACCGCGUCUAUAUCGGCCUUCUGUCGAGCCGCCAUCCGAAGCUUGAUACCAUUAGGGUUCUUCGGAGUCGGUGAUCAAGGCAUCUCUCACCAGAAGAUAAUACUCGGGCAUGUUGAUCGGUUUAUACGCAUGCGCAGGUAUGAGAGUCUAAGUCUUCAUGAGGUCUGCGAGGGUAUAAAGAUCACGCAGAUACCUUGGUUGGAACCUAGUGGACUCUGUCAAAGUUUGUCAGAAAACAAAAUCUCGGCAUCUGACUUGCAAAAGCGCAGAGAGCUUUUCCACGAAUUCAUCUACUACCUGUUCGAUUCCAUACUGCUUCCACUUAUACGUGGAAAUUUCUAUGUCACUGAAUCGCAGGUACACCGGCAUCGUUUGUUCUAUUUUCGACAUGACGUCUGGCGCCGUCUUACCGUCCAGCCUCUGGCUAAUCUCAGGGCUUCCAUGUUUGAGCAACUGGUGCCAGAAACAGCGGAACAACUACUGUCUGGUAAAAAGUCGCUGGGGUAUGGGUCUUUACGAUUGCUCCCUAAGACGACUGGGAUCCGUCCAAUUCUUAACCUGAAACGGCGCACCCUGGUCAAGAGCACCUACGCGGGGAAGAAUCAUUAUAAUCCGGCGCAGAGUGUGAAUGCAGCAAUCGCACCUGUCUACAGCAUGCUGAACUAUGAGAGAGGUCGUCGGAGCGACAUUCUUGGUUCAAGCAUGUUCUCCGUUGGAGAUAUGCAUUCCCGACUGAAGGGAUUCAAAGAGUCAUUAGUAGGAAAGGGCUGGAGCCAGAGGAGGCCACUCUACUUUGUGAAGCUUGAUAUCCAGUCCUGCUUUGAUACUAUACCGCAGGCAAAAAUCGUGCGUCUGGUUGAAAAGCUGGUCUCCGAGGAAAAUUACCACUGGAUGAAGUACGUGGAAAUGAGGCUCGCAAGCGAAUUCGGCAAUAUGUGGCCGCUACGAGAAGCGGAGCAGCGCAAGACAUGGUCAAAAUACCUUCAAAGAAUUGGCGCAUUCGGGAAACCAGAGCAUAUGUCGGAUGCUAUCAACAACGGAAGUGUGACUGGUCGAAGGAAUACCGUGUUUAUCGACACGAUCGCGCAGAGGGAUUACAGCGGUGAGGGUCUGCUUGACAUCCUCAAUGAGCACGUCCAGAACAACCUCGUCAAGAUAGGAAAGAAAUACUUCCGACAAAGCAAUGGCAUUCCACAGGGCUCGGUGCUGUCUAGCUUGCUGUGCAGUUUGUUCUACGCAGAGAUGGAGCGCAAUGUCCUGGGCUUCCUGCACACCGACGACGCCAUACUCCUUCGUCUACUAGACGACUUUUUACUGAUUACCUUAGAUUCCAAGCUCGCAAUGGAUUUUCUCCAAGUCAUGGUCAGAGGACAGCCGGAUUAUGGCAUCUCCGUUAACCCAGCAAAGAGCCUAGUCAAUUUCGCUGCGUCCGUUGAUGGCGCGCAAAUCCCGCGACUCGUCGACUCGUCACUCUUCCCUUACUGCGGCAGCCUCAUUAACACACGAACUCUAGAGAUCUCCAAAGAUCAAGAUCGAAUGCUCGACGGCGCGGAAACAGCGGGCGCCGCCAUCAGCGAUUCCUUAUCGAUCGACUCCAUGCGAAACCCUGGCCGAUCUUUCCACAGAAAGGCCCUUGCAUCGGUCAAGCAAUCCAUGCACCCAAUGUAUCUCGACUCGGCGCACAACUCGCUGCCCGCAGUGCUCCUAAACCUCUAUAAAGCCCUCGUCACCGCCGCGAUGAAGAUGUACCGAUACACGCGGUCACUACCGGGCCGGGCGCAACCUCGACCCGAAGUUGUGGGUCACGUAUCCUCAGCUGCAGUACUUGGGGGCGGCGGCGUUUCAGUUUGUGUUGGGGCGGAAACAGACACGGUAUGCGGGAGUGCUGCGUUGGCUGGACGGGAUGCUGGCGGAAGCGCGGCAGGGCGUCGGCAACGGUGCUUUGCUGGCUCAGGUGGUGUCGAAGGGGGACCGGACGUUUAG